GCACUCUUUGUUUUGGUACUACCAUGUCGCUGUCAGACGAAACUCUUCGUAAAAUCCUUGUCCAAAUUCAACAAACCGCAAUCCAGUCGCAACGCGCCCAUACUCUCACUACUCAGCAAACUUCUGUGAAAGAGCGCGAACGAAGGAUAUUACAGCUCACCAUCGACGAAAUUGGUGCAAUCAAGGAGGAUGUGAACCUAUAUAAAGGUGUUGGAAAGAUGUUCAUGAUGGUACCCAGGAAGGAGAUGGAGAAGCAGUUAAAAACACAGGAGAAGGAGCUCUCAGAUGACAUUGCCAGCUUAAACAAAAAGUCGAAAUAUUUGGAGAAGCAGUUUAAUGAAGCACAAGCGCAGUUGCGGGAUAUUUUCCACCAUGCCCCAAAACAAUAAAUUACCGGUUCCACCAUUCUGACCAUUUGCUACUGUAUCGACAUCCGCACUAAUGCACUAAAUCUCAAUAUUCGGGAAAUAUGUAUGAGUCCAUGCUGAAAUAACCACAGUUACACUCUCAGUUACACUGUGACUUUAGAGAUGAGAGCAAACUAAAUCAAGAAAUCAAGAAUCGGAAGGAAAGCACCCUCAACUCAACUUCACGGGCAAGGUAAGAGUUCAACACGCAACCUCAGAUAGCAUCAAUCUAGAUCUUCCACCAACUCCACCAACUCCCUAGAAACAAUGCUUCUUCAGCUUCAUUCUCUUUGUGGUCCACCUAAGCUCCCUCUCCAACGUGAAUUCAUUACUUUGUAGGUGUAACUAAAUCACAAUUUACAGCCGCAUGGUGUAGUGAGUCAAAUGUUCAAGUUGAACAGAUACGGACAGUACGUGGGUGAACACUGUAAAAAUGGAUUUAGAUGAAGAGAGAUGGAAUAAACAGUGAAUAAAC